UGAAUCCACGUGUUUUGAUUUGUCCGCCUGAAGCCAAAUCCCAUUGAGCAUAUUCUAUAACUUCUGGGUCUCUAUCAACAGGCCUUCGUAUUAUAAUGGCUUCCGAGCUGGCCCUCUUGAGUGUGUCGGAUAAGACCGGGCUACUUGAUUUCGCCAAGAGACUAAUGUCGCUGGGUUUCUCUCUUGUGGCGUCGGGAGGCACGGCCAAAACCUUGCGCGAUGCUGGCGUCUCUGUGAGAGAUGUAUCGGAGCUCACUGGUUUCCCCGAGAUGCUAGGCGGUAGGGUCAAGACCCUUCACCCGGCGGUCCAUAGUGGGAUUCUGGCCAGACAUACUCCGUCUGACCAGGCUGACAUGGAAAAACAAGGCUUCAGUCUUGUGCGAGUGGUUGUGUGUAACCUUUAUCCUUUUGUGAAGACGAUCAUGUCCCCUAAUGUGACUGUGGCUGAUGCAGUGGAACAGAUCGACAUUGGUGGCGUCACUCUCCUUCGUGCUGCAGCCAAAAACCACGCACGAGUGACCGUUGUUUGUGACCCAGCCGACUACGAGUUGGUUGCCAAAGAGAUGGAGGCCUCCGACAACCACGAUAGCACUCUUGAUACCCGCAAGACUCUUGCUCUUAAGGCAUUCACCCACACGGCUGAGUAUGACGAGGCGAUUGCUGGUUAUUUCCGGCGCGAGUACAGCUGUGGGGUGUCCCAGCUACCGCUCCGCUAUGGCAUGAACCCGCACCAGACUCCAGCGCAGCUUUACACCUUACGGCCUGUCCUGCCACUGACAGUAUUAAAUGGUUCUCCAGGUUUCAUAAACCUGUGCGACGCUCUCAACGCCUGGCAGCUGGUCAGAGAGCUGAAAAGUGCUCUGGGGAUACCCGCUGCUACAUCCUUUAAGCACGUCAGUCCGGCUGGGGCUGCAGUCGGCGUCGCGCUGACUGAAGAGGAGGCCAAGGUGUGCAUGGUACACGACAUGCUGAAGGACCUUACCCCCCUUGCCAUUGCCUAUGCCAGAGCCAGAGGUGCAGACAGAAUGUCUUCCUUUGGAGAUUUCAUCGCUCUUUCUGACCCAUGUGAUGUUGCUACUGCUAAGAUCAUCUCAAGAGAGGUCUCGGAUGGCAUCAUUGCUCCUGGCUAUGAGGAUGAGGCCCUUCGCAUUCUCUCCAAAAAGAAGAAUGGAAACUACUGCAUCCUGCAGAUGGACCCAGCAUAUGAGCCUGAUGAAGAGGAGGUACGAGUGCUGUUUGGCCUGCACCUCCAGCAAAAGAGGAACAGCACGCUUGUUGAUAGAGGAAUCUUCGGGAACGUGGUCUCCAAGGGCUCGUUGCCAGAGAGGGCCCUGCAGGACCUCAUCGUUGCCACUGUUGCUGUGAAGUACACCCAGUCCAACUCUGUCUGCUAUGCCAAGGACGGCCAGGUGAUCGGCAUUGGCGCUGGGCAGCAGUCCCGCAUCCACUGCACACGGCUGGCAGGAGACAAGGCAGAUAACUGGUGGCUACGUCACCACCCUCUAGUGCUGGGCAUGAAGUUCCGCACCGGCGUAAAGCGUGCCGACAUGGCCAACGCCAUCGACCAGUACGUCAGCGGCACCAUUGGGGAGGGCCCGGACCUGGCUGCUUGGAAAGCCCUCUUUGAGGAUGUUCCUGAGCCUUUGUCAGAGACAGAGAGGAAGAACUGGCUCAGCUCCCAGCAAGCUGUAGCUCUCAGCUCUGAUGCAUUCUUCCCCUUCCGAGACAAUGUUGACCGCGCUAAACGGAGUGGCGUUGAGUACAUCGCUGCUCCGUCUGGCUCCACCGCUGACGAGGUGGUUAUCAGCGCCUGUAAUGAUCUGGGCAUCACUCUGGUGCACACGAACCUGCGCCUGUUCCACCACUGAAUGCCUUCUUGCACCCCACAUGUGCACUCACCUACACAGGUCUGUGCAACAGCAAGCCCUCCAUCCAUCCCCGUCCCCGUCCUGAAUCUGGACCAAGUUCUGUCUGCUCUUAAAAUUCGAUUUAUCUCCUAUCCACCAUAGUCUCUUGCCUGGUCUACACAUUUUCUACAUCCUGCUCCCCAACUCAUGUGAACCAUGGCUUGCUGGGCUGCAGGGAGUCCUUCACCUACAGCCUAUCUGCUAAACUUUAUCUAGUAGUAAGGAAUUUAAGGAGUGCUAGUAGAAGUUUAAUUACAUUCUUUUAAGUGUAAUUUAGGCUACAAUUAAACACACCUGGCAAUAGCUUCUACCUUAGAAGGUGUUAAUUUGAAAAUUAGCCUUUGAUUUAAACUGUUAAAUAGCAGAACAGUAUGGUACAGAACUAACACAGCUCUGUGAUUCACAUUCCAUUAGACUACUGUACUUGUGUUUGUUCACCAAUGCAACUGCAACUAAAGAAAUGAAACAUGU